AUGAGUGUCUGGAACCCUCCCAGACUCCUAGACCUGGCCGGAAAGAGCCUGCUGAGAGAUAAGACUUCAACCAUCUGUGCUCUGGAGUAUCUGCCCACGGAGCUCUUCCCCCCACUGUUCAUGGAUGCCUUCUAUGGGAAUCACAGGGAGACCCUGAAGGCCAUGGUGCAAGCCUGGCCCUUUGUCCGCCUGCCUCUGGGGGGCCUGAUGCAGAUGUCUCAUGUGGGAACCUUACAAGCCGUGCUGGAUGGGCUGGAUGUCCUGCUUGCCCAGAAGGUUCACCCCAGGAGGUGCAGACUACAGGUGCUGGAUCUGAGGAAUACUAGCCAGGAUUUCUGGAGCAUGUGGUCUGGAUCCAGGGCCACUAUGUACUCAAGGUCAAUGAUGGCACCAACGGUUGAGGACAGGUCAAGGAGAGAGCAGUCUUUGACUCCCCUGCAGGUAUUCAUAGAGCUUUGCCUAAAUGAAAGGACCCUGGAUGGAUUCCUCCCUUACCUCAUGAGCUGGGCAGAGCAGAGAAAAGGUCUGAUCCACCUGUGCUGUAAGAAACUGAAUAUUGUUUCAAUGCCUUUGGGAACUAUUGUAAAGGUUCUGAGUAUGGUCCAGCUGGACUGUAUCCAGGAGGUGCAAGUGAAUUGCCCCUGGCAUCUGUCUACCCUGGCCACAUUUUCUCUUUUCCUGGGUCAUAUGAGCAAUGUGCAGAGACUUCUUUUCUGCCACAUACAUGCGUCUGUGCGUGAGGAGCAAGAGCAGCAUCAUGUUGUCCAAAUCACCUCUCAGUUCCUCAGGCUGCACCACCUCCAGGAUCUCUAUAUGGAAUCUCCCUCCUUCCUUGAAGGCUGCCUGGACCAGAUGCUCAGGUGCCUGAAAGCCCCCUUGGAGAACCUGGCAAUAUCUCACUGCCUGCUUACAGAAUCAGACUUGACCCACCUGUCCCAGUGCCCCAGCAUCAGUCAGCUAAAGGGCCUGGAUCUGAGUGGCGUCACCCUGACCGACUUCAGUCCUGACGUCCUGCAAGGUCUGCUGGAGAAAGUGGCAUCCACCCUGCAGGAACUGGACCUAGAGCUCUGUGGGAUCACGGACUCCCAACUGGAGGCCAUCCUGCCUGCCCUGAGCCACUGCUCAGAGCUCACCUCCUUCAGCGUGAGGGGGAACCUCCUCUCCCUGGCCAUCGUGCAGAAGGUGCUGGGCUGCACCACAGGACUGCCUGGUUUAUGCCAAGAGUUCUACCCUCCCCCUCGGGAGAGUUUCAGCUCUCAGGGUACCCUUCUUCCAGGGAGACUCGCCCAGGUUCGGGCUGAGCUCUAUGAGAGUCUGAGAGCCUUAGGACGACCCAGGACCAUCUGGAUUAGCUACAGCCCCUGUCCUUACUAUGGGGAUGACACAAUCAAUCAUGCAGAGCGCAUUGUGUACAGCUGA